AUGGCUGUUGGGGAGAACGAAGUGCAGUACAUCAAGAGCGAAAGGUUUUUGAAAAACAAGCCAACCACGAUGUACCCCAACCCAUUUAGAGUGCAGUACUUCCACGGUGUUUGUGAAGGACCCCAUAGUAAUUUGGGAGUAUACUUGAACUACUUUUAUGAUACAAACACCGUCCACAUGGCCCCACUUAACCCGUUGGGAUCUUUUUAUUAUCAAUUAGACUCAUUAUUAGAGUAUCACCCACACAUCUGUGUUGGUGAUGGGUAUGGAGCAUUGGUGUUGUUCCAAAUAAUAACUGCGGGGAAGUACGACGGGCAUUCUGUGCUCAUCAACAUACCACUUGACUUUGUGAAGAAGAAUUUGGUGUUCCCGAAAAGUGGAAGACAUGUAAUGGUCUUUUCAAAGGAUAAGGGCGAUGCGAAUUUCUCUGAAAUAAAGAGAAACAUCUGUGGAGA